AUGUCAUGUGAAUACACAGUACAAAAUGACAUCUCUCAGUGGGCUGAUGGAGAAAAACACGAUGCCAUUGUUUGUGAACCUAAAGAACUUUUGAAUCCCUCUCCCAAAGUAACAAAUUGUUGCAAAUCCCUGUUGAAAUACAGUUUUCAGGAGUACAUGACCUGACUUGUUAGCUCCCAGCCAGUUUCAGCCAUGUCAAGGAGCCCAGAUCACAAUCCGCCUUCUCAGCCCAAGGAGAGUAGUGUUGGCCAGAACCAUCACCAGGAGGAAAUAAUCCACAAGUUGGUCAUGCAGUUGAGAAACAUUGGGGACAGCAUCAAUCGUGGGAUGGUUCGAGAGGAUCUUCUUCCACAGGAAGUUGGGGAGGCACUGACUCAUUUUGUCUUGGUUUUCUUUGGAGGAGUUCACGCACUGCAGCGCUUUCUCCGGAAUAACCACUGGAUGUAAAAGGAAUGUAAAGGCAGACUUCUGCUUUCCUUCUACCCUCUGGGGACACGGGAACGCGCUGGGGCAGAUGGAAGAAAACCCGUCUCCGUCCCCCUCGCUUUUUACCCCUCUCUGUUGGUUCACGCCGUGGUUUCUUGGAGGACCGCAGACUCACUGGCCAUUUGUCUGUUCGGAGCCACCUGCUACGAGGCGUCUGUGACUGCCUUCCGGUAAUGCCACUUAGAAAACGCCAGGGCCGCGGACGGUCCCCGGUGCUCCCUGUGAAGAAACCCUAAGCAUUUUCUUUCAUGAGUGAAAUUGAACCUUGUUCUCCAAGCAGAGGUCAUGGAAAUGGGUGCUCUCCUGGUCCUUCCCUGGGUGCCCGGCCCUCCAGCAACGUGCUGGCCCCACCCUGGUUGCCUCUGUCCAGACUCGCAGCCCUGUUCUUAGCCCUCCCUGUCUACCUCCCCUCCCCACCCUCCCCUCCGUUUCGGAAGUAUUAAGAAAGUUUAUGGUUAUUAAUGAUAAGUUCUAUCUAUACAUUUU